UGUGCCCCCUCUCACUCACCCUCUCUUUCAUUUGCUCACAUUCUCUUACUUUCCCUACCAGGCUUCACACACACUGCAGGAUGUCGAUAGUGAUCAUUGUUGCCAGGGAGAUCCUGGACUCCAGGGGGAACCCCACAGUGGAAGUGGACCUGCACACUGACAAAGGUGUCUUCAGGGCAGCUGUGCCUAGCGGAGCGUCUACUGGCAUCUAUGAAGCCCUGGAGCUGAGAGACGGAGACAAAAGCCGCUACAAGGGCAAAGGUGUGCUCAAGGCUGUUGGUCACAUCAAUGACACCAUCGGUCCUGCCCUCAUCCAGUCGGAGGUCAGUGUGGUAGAACAGGAGAAACUGGACAAGAUGAUGAUAGAGAUGGACGGCACUGAGAACAAGUCUCAGUUUGGGGCCAAUGCUAUUCUGGGUGUGUCUUUGGCCAUAUGCAAAGCUGGUGCUGCAGAGAAAGGUGUCCCCCUGUACCGUCACAUUGCUGACCUGGCAGGAAACACAGAGCUAAUGCUUCCAGUUCCUGCCUUUAACGUUAUCAAUGGGGGCUCUCACGCGGGCAACAAGCUGGCCAUGCAGGAGUUCAUGGUACUUCCUGUAGGGGCGGAGUCUUUCAGGGACGCUGUGCGUGUGGGGGCGGAGCUAUACCAGACGCUGAGGGAAGUGAUCAAGGAGAAGUAUGGCCAGAACGCCACCAACGUGGGGGACGAGGGGGGGUUCGCCCCAAACAUACUGGAGAACACUGAAGCUCUGGAGCUGAUCAAGACAGCCAUUGAGAAGGCAGGUUUCACAGACAAGGUGGUGAUCGGGAUGGACGUGGCAGCCUCUGAGUUCUACAAAGAGGGCAAGUACGACCUGGACUUCAAGUCUCCGCCCAACGCAGACCGCCACAUCAGCGCCCAAGAGCUCUGCGACAUGUACCAGGGCUUCGUCAAUGACUACCCAGUGGUGUCCAUUGAGGAUCCGUUUGACCAGGAUGAUUGGCCGGCCUGGUCCCAGAUGACAGCCUCCGUGGGUAUCCAGGUGGUGGGGGAUGACCUGACCGUCACCAACCCCAAGAGGAUAGAGCGCGCACUGGAGGAGAGGGCCUGCAACUGCCUGCUGCUCAAAGUCAACCAGAUCGGCUCUGUCACCGAAGCCAUCCAGGCGUGUAAGCUGGCUCAGGAGAAUGGCUGGGGGGUGAUGGUGAGCCACCGCUCAGGUGAGACAGAGGACACCUUCAUUGCUGAUCUGGUGGUAGGCCUCUGCACUGGACAAAUCAAGACUGGAGCUCCCUGUCGAUCAGAGCGGCUGGCCAAAUACAAUCAACUCAUGAGGAUUGAGGAGGAGUUAGGGGAUCAGGCUCGCUUCGCAGGGCACAACUUCCGGAACCCCGCCGCCCUCUAAGACUCCUCUGGGCUGAUGGACACUGACACAGAAUCACAGACACACAUCACUGCAGGGCACAGAUGGACUGACAGAUGUCCACAGACAGAUAUACAUAACUACCUACAAUGAGUCCUUUAGACAGAUAGGUCAGACAGACAUAUUUAAUUUUACCUUUAUUUAAAUAGGCAAGUCAGUUAAGAACAAAUUCUUAUUUUCAAUGACGGCCUAGGAACAGUGGGUUAAUUGCCUGUUCAGGGGCAGAACGACAGAUUUGUACCUAGUCAGCUCGGGGAUUUGAACUUGCAACAUUCCGGUUACUCGUCCAACACUCUAACCACUAGGCUACCCUGCCGUUUGUAAGGACAGAGAGACAGACAGAGUGAAUAAGACGUUAUUUUCCAUCCCUCUCUUUUCUCCUCCCAUUUACCUCAGUUUUCUCAUCUCAAUUUCCUCAAUUGCCCAACCCUUCCCCUUUCCUCCCGCCCUUCCACGUUAGGCAACCUUUCAGUUACCACUUCAUUUAAAAGCCUGCCACAUAAGUGUCUGUUACCACCUACAUGUAAAAGCUUACCACAGAAACCCUCCAAUCAAUAAAGAUAUGAACACUUAUGAUGUAAACAUCAGCCACAAUUGUGUCUGUGUUUUGUAUGGGAUAUAUAUAUAUAUAUAUAUGUGUGUGUGUUUUAAUAAUUAAAAUGAAAGCUCUACUAUA